AUGGAGAGACACUCAUUGUGGCUUCUGUUCGUUGCACUUAGUUUUCUGCAAACAUGUCACUCUUUCAACCUUUACCCAGCUAUCAACGGCGAUAAGCUCGCCAAGUCACUGAACGUCACAUCAGACUGCAUCGCAGCGCUAAAUCAAACUAUUCCAGAAUGCGAUCAGACGUUACUACAGAUGACGAUGAACGUAGAGAACUACUGGUGGACCGAUGACAACCUCACGGCUGUCUGCGACUCAGGCUGUGCUGAAGCCGUUGGAUCGUGGAACUACAAUGUCUCUGAUCCUUGCUUCGAGCAGUCUUUCACUGCAUAUGGAAAGCUUGUGCCCAUAUGGACAGUCACUGAGCGAGUUGUUGACAAUCUCAUCUUUGCCUGUUUGCCGUCUCGAUCCGAAAACUACACAUACUGUCUCACAGAAUCUCAGGAGUGGGUUGGAGCCGAUGUGUUGCGGGUCGACUGUGAUGCCAAUCCCUCAGAUCCUACUUGCGGCGGUAACUCCACGGACAUCCCCGAGGCGAAUGUUCGCCUAGCCAACCUGUACGAAGACGAUAUUCUUUACACUCGCAUCUCGUCCAUCUUCGUGCCGGAUACCGACUACUCAGAAUAUCUCGCAGAUCAGAUUUUUGAUAUCUCAGACGUUUGCAACAAAACUAUUCCCGACUUCACUGUUGCACUGCCUUGGGAUUAUCAGACUGCAUCGACCCUGUCUUCCGUAAACGUGGGGUCUUCAACGAGUGUCGUGGCCACUGCCACCUCCACUGCCGCUGCCACGACCACAUGUGUUGGUCAGACUCUUGACUCUGCCGCUGCAUCAAAGAGAGAUAAUGCUUUGGACUGGAUCAAGAGGUCCACGCCUGGGUUGGAGCCUAGGCAGGCAUCGUCAUGCGAUGACUUAUCGUCUCAGUAUGGCGUCAGCACUGGCGCACUUCAGUGGUUCACCAACAGUGAAACCCGCGCUGUCUCUGGCUCGGUGUGUCUUCCUCAGCGGUGCACAUUGCAGAAAGUUGGAAGCAACGAGACGUGUGCGAGUAUCGCGGCAUCCAUCGGUGGUGACACCACUAUUGUCCAGUUCAAGAAGUGGAAUACUUCCCCUGGCGUCAACGCUACAUACACAUUGCCUGCACCACCAUUAGGCACAGAAGCCAAUGCCGGAAAUCAACAACGAGGAGGCGCCGGUGGCAUAGUAUCGGCUACGACCACCGCAACAGACAUUGUCAACCCUGUGUCGGGAGGAACAGCCCCUAGCCCAACCCAAGACGGGCUUGUCACCAACUGCAAUAAUUACGCAAGUGCUACUGCUGGAGACGGAUGCGAGGCGUUUGCCACGCGCAACUCGAUUGCGCCAACACAGCUCUAUGCAUGGAACCCAGUCCUCGGAACUGCUGGUUCCGAAUGCUCAACCGCUCUGUGGGCUAGUGAGUAUUACUGCAUCGGCACGUGGAAGCCGACCCAGACUUCUGCCGUAACUGCGCCAGGUCCAACCCAGACUGGAAUCACGUCUAGCUGCAACAAGUACGCAGAGGCCAUCUCCGGUGACGUUUGUACCGUCUUUGCCUCUCGAAACAACAUUACCACCGCUCAGCUGUACGCUUGGAAUAGCGUGCUGGGAGCCAACGGAGAGAACUGCGCUGGCUCCAUGUGGGCGAACGAGUACUACUGUGUUGGUGUCUCGGGAUCAUCAUCCGCAGCGACCACGACACAGGCGACGACUGCCACGGCUGCAGUCUCGACGACUGCUACUCAAGUCACAGCUCCUGGUCCGACUCAGACCGGCAUCGUCUCGAGCUGUUCCAAGUUUGCCAAGGCUCCCUCCGGAGUAGUCUGCGGCGACUUUGCGAGCAGCAAUAGUAUUUCAACCGAUCAGUUGUAUGCAUGGAACACAGUUCUCGGUUCCAAUGGAGAGAACUGUGCGUCUUCAAUGUGGGCAAACGAGUACUACUGCGUCGGCAUCACUGUGGCCGCCCCUGGCCCAACGCAGGAUGGCAUCAACUCUAACUGCGCUCGAUACGCCGAAGCACCUUCGGGAGCGACCUGCACCACGUUCUCAAGCGCCAAUGAAGUUACCUUGGCUCAAUUGUAUGCUUGGAAUCCGGUCUUGGGCACAAAUGGGGAGAAUUGCGCCACUAAGAUGUGGGCUCAGGAGUAUUACUGUAUCAGUAUCACUAAGUAG